UCCGCUCUGACUUCCGGCUGAGCUGAGACUUCGCCACACGUGGAAGAGUGAAGAAGAGAAAUCACGAGCGUCGCGUGUUUUUCGCUUUAGAAACGAAAUUAAAUCGACUUUAGUUCAUUUCUCUGGAUCUGAGAGACGCUUUGUUUUCAUCGCGAUGUUUCUGCAGUUUUACGACACCGAGACCGGGGAGCGAAUUUACACCCUGAAGAAGCUGAGACCCGACGGGCAGCCCACCAGCUCGGCUCACCCGGCCCGCUUCUCCCCGGACGACAAGUUCUCCAGGAACCGGGUGCUGCUGAAGAAACGCUUCGGCCUCCUGCUCACCCAGCAGCCCAGACCGAUCCUGUGAGAGAGGAAGGAGGGAAGAUGGGACUCGAGCAGAGGAGGGAAGAUGGGACUCGAGCAGAGGAAGGAGGGAAGAUGGGACUCGAGCAGAGGAAGGAGGGAAGAUGGGACUCGAGCAGAGGAAGGAGGGAAGAUGGGACUCGAACACAGAGGGAGAGCAAGGAAACCCAAGGCCCAAGAGAGGGACUGUACAUGUAUUGCAAACCAGCUGUCGUUGAUGUUAAGAAACAUUUUUUUACGUGCCAUGAUUGGUUCUUUUUAGGUUUUGGUUAUUUGAUUUUCAUGCUGAAUAAAUGGUCUCUAGAUGGACUGUAUUCUUUUGUUGUGUGUAUAUGAAAUCUAGAGGUGACAAAUUAAACAGUGACUCCUGAUGGGGAGAAAUCUACAACAAAUACA